AUGGAGGAAACCUGUGGCGAAAUGAAUACUAACCCAGACAUCAUUUCCCAACGCCCUGAAUCGGGCUCGAGUUUGGUUUUGAUUAAACCAUAUGGAGUCUUGGAAUCGCUGUCUCAUCUCCAGGUAAUGAACAUUGCGUCGUCUUCGCUUGAUUCAUCACGUGACAAGGGCCUUCAGUUCGUGCGCAAGAAACUAGCCGAGCUGGAAAUGUCCUUUCAUCACCUGGAGAACGACGUCACGAUCCCAGACGUGGAUUUGGAGAUUCAUCCCGCGAUCGAGGAUGCUAUCGAGAAGAACCAGGGCGCAGAUGAUCUCACGGAGCUUGACGCUAAGACCCUAAACGAACUCCAAACUUGUGUAAACUCAUGGAUCAAGCAGAUUCAGACAGUUACCAAGCUCGACCGAGAUCCCGCCGAGCCUGGAUCCUCCACUGCUAGUGAGAUCAACUUCUGGCUCACCAUGGAGGACAAGCUAGAUUACAUCAGCAAGCAGCUGGAUGCCAAGCCUGUCACCCUGACUCUCGACGUUCUGAAGAAUGCCAAGCGGUUUCAUGCUACUGUCUCUUUCUUGUCCGAUACAGGUCUGAAAGAGGCUCAGGACAUGGUUUCCAAAUACAAUGUUCUGCUGCGCGACUUCCCUCUGGAUGAACUCAUGUCAGCUGAUUCGUUGGAUACCCUUACAACUUCGCUUGUGUCUGUGUUCAACCAUGUGAACAAGAAGUUCCGACUGUCCACCUACCCGGUGUGGCGAUGCCUGGCACUUGUGGGCUGUGUCAGUGGAGACUUUGACAAGCAGAUCAAGGUGAUUCUGAGCAGAUUGGAGCUCAGCCUGAUGCAACUACCCAGCACCGAGUUCAACCAGGUUAUAGAUUCUGUCAACAAUGUCUUUAACGUGUGGAAUGACCUAAACAAGGAAUUCACCAAUACUGCUCGAGACGUCUCUCGACGACGACAGGGAACCAGUCUGGGUGAAAAGUUCAUUCCCAUUCGGGUCAAAGUCAGACAUUCCGAGACCCAGAACCGAAUCGCUUACAUCGCCAACUUCCGACAGGCUCACGAGGAUCUCGUUGCUACUCUAGGAAAGGUUUCCGAGGCCGCGGGGGUUGAUAUCGAUGAGAUCACUACUGGCUACGAGUUGGUGAGAAACGUCCCUGAUGUUCUGGACGUCUCUCAUGAGGCUCUGGCUCACUGGAACAGACUAGAGGAGGGCUACAACAAUGCUACUGUGUCCGUGGAGCGGUCUAUCAUCAGCAUUCUUCGAGACCGACUUGCUUUGGCUAAGAACUCUGCUGAAAUGUUCCGAGUUUUCGCAAAGUUCAACUCUCUGUUCAUUCGACCCACUAUUCGUGGCGCUAUCCACGAGUACCAGUCUCGCCUCAUUGAAAAUGUGAAGCAUGAUCUCGUGGAGCUGCAGCAAAAGUUCAAAAGGAAGUAUGGCAACUCUGAGACAUUUGAGAUGGCUAAACUUAGAGACUUACCCCCUAUUGCAGGUGCUAUAAUCUGGAUGAAGCAGCUGGAACGUCAGCUGGACCUUUACAUGUCUCGUGUGGAGAGUGUGCUUGGUGCCGGAUGGCAGCAUUACGCCGACGGUAAAGUGCUCCAUGAGGAGUCAGUGGUCUUCAGAAAGAGCCUGGACGCUAGAGUCGUGUACGAGGCUUGGAUUCGAGGAGUCAAGUCUCGAGGCAGCGGAGGUCCGGUCUUCAAGAUCUCCCGUGAGUCCCGUGAGUCGCAGGAGCUGGUUCUGUCAGUGUCCUUUUCACCCACCUCCAUCACUCUGUUUAAGGAGGUCAGGAAUUUGCUGAACAUGAAGUUCCAGGUUCCUCAUACCCUGGUUUCUAUGGCGAACGACGCCAAGACCAUUUACCCGUUUGCGGUCAGCCUGAUGGACAGUGUCCAGGUGAUGGAUCGGACUCUGUCUGUGAUAGAUUCACGUGAUCUUCCCCGUGAGCUGCUGUUUGGUUUUGAGAAUGCCAUUUACAAUCUUGUGUCUCGUGGCAUGUCUACCACUUGGGACGAUUUGCUCCACAUGGAUACUUCUGGCAAGAACCAGCACCAGCGUUUUGUGUACAAACUUUCGGACGCUGUGCACACCCUGCUUACAAAGAGUGAGCGAUUGAGCGAGGUCUGGGGGCAUGUUAUCAGCAAUCAUCUGAUGGAGCUUGAGUCUUGUGACUUCUCACGUGACGAGUUUGCCAAGGUGCUCGCCGAUCUGCAGGCUGCGUACGACUCUCUCGAGCACGACGGAUUUGCCAACAUGCAAGCCUUUGCCAGGACCCUCAACCUGAAGGUCAAGACUAUCUUGGAAAAGAGACUGGGCCAGGAGUACGCCCAGUUCUUCGACAAGACCCAGUUUGGAAACCACGUUAUGGUGCUCAAGAACAAUGUCAUCUGUGUUGAGCCUCCCCUGCAGGAUUCUCGGGUCAAAUUUGUUGGCCAUGUCAUGCAGUUGAAAAACACCGUUGCCGGUCUGACUCAGAUUGAGGGUGUCUCUCGUGUCUUUGAGGGUGGGAUUCAGACUUACGAGAGCUUGAUGGACGACAGCAGGACUCUGACUUCGCGUGAAAAGUCUACUCGGGAUCACGCCUCUUCGCGAGAUCUCUACCUCACCUUUGACCAUGCUUACUCUGCUGCAUCCGCCUACAUCGCCAAAUGGACCCAUUUCCAAUCUCUUUGGACCCUUUCUCCUGAUCAUGUCAUCUCCAUUUUAGGCGAUGAUCUGAGCAAAUGGCUAGCUGUGCUUCAGGAAAUUCGAAAAUCUCGAGCGUCUACGUUUGAUUCCAACUCCAGCCAUGUGUCCUUUGGCAACGGCGAGGUCUUUAAGCUCGAUAUCGGUCACGUGACUUCCCGAAUUUCUUCCAAGUACGAUGCCUGGCAGUCUUCCAUUCUGCAAAAGUUUGCCGAGAAGCUCUCUACACAGUCUCGAGAUCUUUGUGGCGAGAUGGACCGUAUCCGAGCAGACUUGGAGCCCUCUGGGAUCGACUCCAGUGUCGAGAAGACUCUCGAAUUUGUCACCUGUGUUGUAGACACACGGAAUGAGAAGCUUCCCAAUUGGGAGAGCAAGGUAGGUUUGCUCAAGACGUGCCAAAACACCCUGAUUCGAAACAGAUUUGUGUUCCCUCAGGAUUGGCUUUACAUUGAUCACGUCGAGAGUCUAUUUGAGACUCUGCAGGAGCUCAUCGAGACCAAGGAGGGUAUUAUUGAGGGCCAGCGAGAUGCUCUCAAAAGCAAGAUCACAGUUGAGCUUGGUCGGUUUGGAGACCGAGUGGAGAGCCAUGUCAGUACCUGGGCUGAGACCAAGGAGCAGGGUCUCGGUCAGACUGGCGACAAGUCUCGUGAGCAGUCUCGUGAGCUUCUCCAUAAGCAUCUUACCACUACCAACAAAUUGCUGCAUGACUUUACCGUUUUGGAGAGCGCUUCUCGAGCAUUGGAUAUCCCUUGUGAUGUAACAUCUGCCAGCGAGAUUCUCAAUGUGGUUUCUGGCGAGAUCCAGGACUUCAUCACCGUCUUCGCCACUCUAGAGUCUGUUUGGAAAGGUGUUGAUGAACUUCGAGAAAUGUCCUGGCAUGUUAUUUCGGUUCGAAAACUGCGGUCUAUCAUUGAUAGUUUGGUGAUCAGCUCCAAGUCCAUGCCUUCUCGAGUUCGCCAGUACGCUGCUUUUGAUCACGUACAGCAGGAGCUGAAGUCGCUCCUGAAAACACUGCCCCUGAUUAGCCAGCUCAAGUCCGACGCAUUUAAGACAAGACAUUGGGAGCAGUUGGCAAAGAUGGUGAAGAAGCCCACUCUGCGGCUUAGCAACCACCUGACUCUUGGCAACGUGUGGGACUGUGGUCUGGAACUCUACGAGUCUCAGAUCAAGGCUCUGAUUGCCCAGGCGCAAGGUGAACUUGUCUUAGAGGAGUUCCUGGCAGGUGUUCGAUCGACGUGGACCAACCUGACUCUCAAUCUUGUCAACUUCAAGAACAAGGUGCGGCUCAUCAAGAACUGGGACGAGAUCUUCCUCACCUGUUCGGAUCACAUGACUGGAUUACUUGGAAUGCACAACUCACCCUACUUCAAGGUGUUUGAGGAGGAGUGCCAUGGCUGGGAAAACAAGCUGUCUCGUGUUCAGACCUUGUUUGAAAUUUGGAUUAAUGUCCAGAAACAGUGGGUCUAUCUGGAGGGUCUUUUUGGAGCUGAGAAUGGAAGUGAGGUCCGAGCUAUCUUGCCUCUGGAGACGUCUCGAUUUGGAAACAUCAAUGCCGAGUUCAUGUUGCUGUGGAAGCAGGUGUACAAGAGUCCUCUGAUUAGUGACGUCAUCAACAUUGCUCAGAUUGACGAAACUCUUCCUCGAUUGAACGACGCCCUUGCCAAGAUUCAGAAGUCUCUUGGAGAGUUCCUAGAGCAGCAGCGACAGCUGUUCCCUCGAUUUUACUUCGUCGGUGACGAGGAUCUUUUGGAAAUGAUUGGUUCGCCCAACACUCUCAACAGUCAUGUCAAGAAGAUGUUUUCUGGUGUUUCUUCUGUCGACCAGGAUGAAGAUGGCCGCAUUCUAGGCGUGGCUUCUCGGGAGAGUGAAAUUGUGCCCCUGCUGGCUCCCAUCACUACCCUUGGAGUCAAGAUCGAGACCACCUUGAAACAUCUUGAGAGCGGCAUCAGGUCUUCUUUGAAGAACCUCCUUGGCCAGGCUCUGGAAGACUUUAGUACUGAAUUUUCAGCCAAGCAGUUUAUGAUCUGGAUCCAAAAGUACCCUGGUCAGAUCGCACUAUUGGCACUGCAGAUCUGGUGGACUGCUGAAGGUGAGAAGGGCGAGUACGCUACAGCUCGCGACGCCUGUGUCAACAUGCUGGGGCAACUUGCAGAGCACGUGUCACGUGAACUGACUGCUUUGGAUCGACUCAAGUGUGAAAAUCUGAUCACUGAGUUAAUCCACCUGCGAGACUCAUGCGAUGAGCCUACUAACUCUGACGGGGCUGCACGCGAUGCUAGCAGCUAUGACUGGCUCAAGCUGAUGCGAUUCUACCGGGACGGGGCUGGAGAGGUUACUGUCCGUCAAGACUUGGCCACUUUCUCCUACUCUUGGGAGUAUCUUGGUGUUCCCCCUCGGCUCGUUUCUACGCCUCUUGUUGACGCCUGUUACCGGUGCAUGACUUCUGCUCUUGCCUCCAAGCAGGGUGGUUCUCCUUUCGGACCGGCUGGUACCGGUAAGACAGAGUCUAUCAAGAGUCUGGGUCAGAAUCUAGGUGUGUUUGUGCUCGUGUUCAACUGUGACGAGUCUUUCAAUUUCCAGGCCAUUUCUAGAAUUCUAGCAGGUAUUUGUCAGGCGGGCGUGUGGGCUUGUUUCGACGAGUUCAAUCGACUGGACGAAAGCAGUUUGAGUGCCGUCACCAGUUUGAUUGAAGUGAUUCAAGGUGGUUUGGCACGUGACGUGGAUGCUUCCCGUGAACGCGUCUCACUUGGAUCUCGAGAUAUCACUCUGCUACCCUCCACAGGUAUUUUCAUUACUCUCAACCCUGCCUAUCUCGGUCGAUCUACGCUUCCCGAUAACCUCAAGAAGCUUUUCCGACCCUUCUCUAUGGCCAAGCCCGACAAGGAGGAGAUUUGUCAAGUAGUCCUGUACUCCCAGGGUUUUUCUGAGGCCCGAAGUUUGGCCCAAAAGGUAGUUCCCUUCUUUGAGAGGUGUGAGAAGGAUCUGAGUGAGCAGAAGCAUUACGACUGGGGCUUGCGAGCUGUCAAGUCUGUGCUGCGAGGUGCACGAACAAGAGAGCAACCUCAUGACGAGUCUACAUCCGAGGAGCUUGCUAUGCAGACAGCUUCUAUCACUCGGUCACUGCAGACUACAAUCUGCCCCAUGCUUGUGGAGGAAGACAGUGCCAAGUUUGGCACCAUUUUGGAGGACAUAUUUGGAGCGGUGGAACCCGUGGAGAUUUCGCAGGAGUUGGAGUUCCGACUGGUGGAGAGUGCAGCUCAACAUGGAUAUACUCCCUCUCCACCUUGGGUCACCAAGUGUGCUCAGCUUAACGAUCUCAUUUCUAACCAUCAUGGAGUAAUGCUCGUUGGUGCUGCUGGCUCUGGCAAGUCAGCCAUUGUCCAGACUCUCGGAACCAGCCUGGGUGCCAAGAUUAGCGUGAUUGAUCCAAAGGUGAUGAGCAAAGAGGAGCUGUAUGGUUCUCUGGACGCCACCACUCGAGAUUGGAAGGAUGGAGUAUUCACCAGCAUUUUGCGUAACGUGAUCAACAAUGUCACAGGCGAGAGCUCUCGUUCACCUCAUUGGAUUGUGUUCGACGGUGAUGUUGAUCCCGACUGGGUUGAAAACUUGAACUCCGUUCUCGACGACAACAAGGUGUUCACUCUGGCAUCUGGAGAGCGAUUGCAACUUCCUGACCACGUGACUAUUCUGUUUGAAGUGGACUCUCUUCAAUAUGCUACUCCUGCCACUGUUUCUCGAUGUGGAAUGGUGUACGUGGGCGAUAAUGUGGUUGACAAGCGAGAUUUAAUCGAUCACCACCUCAAAAAGUUUUCUGCCAAAAAACUGGAUGUGGAUGUUGCUCUGGAAUUGUUGGAGUCUGGUCCCAGACUUCCUGUGUGGACUUCUUCGGCCGAGGCAGCUGCUGGUGUUGCCAGUCUGGACGGUGCCGUGGAUGGAGCAUUGACAUCUGGUAGAGCCUCUUCUACUCCUCCUCCUGAUACCCCGGAGACUAUUGUCUCAGCUGCUAUGGUGACUCUCACGGCUUGUGCCCUCACCCAUAUUGAUGACAUUCUGUCCCAGGCUCGGUCUUUUACGCACGUCAUGGAGUUCACACCCAUUAGAGCCAUUUCUACACUCUUUGCCUUUGUGGAGGACGCGUGCAAGAGUCUGUUGGUCGCCCAGGUGACCCUGUCGCAUGAUCAGGUGAAUGCCUACCUGACUCGCCGACUGGUAUUGGCUCUCAUCUGGUCGUUCUCUGGAGACUCACGAGAUAUGGAGCGUCAUAAUUUUUCCAAGUUCUUGUUUGAGAAGGUCUUCAUGGGUGUUUCUGCCCUGUCUAGUGUCAACUAUGCCGAGUUGUGUGUUGAGGAGACCCUGAAUCACGAGGUGUCUUUUGAGGGUGCCUGGACUCGAUACAAGGUGGCUGAUACAGCCCUUCCUACACAUGCCAUUACCAACCCCAACACCAUUAUCCCCACCACCGACACAGUUAAACAUGAGCAUAUCAUCUAUGGCUUGUUGAGUAGUCACAAGCCUGUACUUCUCUGUGGUCCUCCUGGUUCUGGUAAGACCAUGACGCUGUUUGGAGCGUUGAGACGGUCUGACCGGUUUGACAUGGUCGCUCUGAACUUCAGUAAGACCAGUGAUCCAGGUCUGGUGUUGAAGACCCUGUUUCAGCGAUGCCAGGUCACUACUGGAAGUCAUGCAUCUGGAUCUCGUGGCCCAGUUCUCUCACCUCGAAUCCCUGGCAAGUGGAUCAUUUUAUUCUGCGAUGAGAUCAACUUGCCUUCACGUGAUCAGUAUGGCACCCAGCAUGUGAUUUCGUUCUUGCGACAGCUCAUUGAGAAGAACGGCUUCUGGUACAACAACGAAUGGACCACGCUGGAGCGAAUCCAGGUUGUGGGUGCCUGUAACCCGCCAGAAGACGUUGGACGAAACGUUCUCAGUCAGCGGAUCCUGCGACAUGUGACUCUUGUCAACGUCGGAUACCCUGGCAAUGAGUCUCUGAACCAGAUUUACGGCUCCUUCAACAAAUCUCUGUUGAAGUGCAUUCCUUCGUUGGCUGGCUAUGGAGAUCAACUGACAAAGACAAUGAUAUCCUACUACCAGUCAUUCAGCGAUGUGUUCACCAGUGCUAGCCAUGUCCACUACAUUUACUCUCCACGUGAGUUGACCCGAUGGUCUCGAGGUAUUUAUGAGGCUAUCAGUCAGCUGGAGACCCUGUCUGUGGAUGGCUUGGUGCAGGUUGUAGGACACGAGGGUAUGCGGUUGUUCUUGGACCGGUUGGUUACCGAUGAAGAGAAAGAAAAAGGUCUGGCUAUGCUGGUCAAUGUUCUGUCACGUGAGUUUACAUUGGGUUCUGCUCACGUCUCGAGCCUUCUCACCGACCUUCUCUUCUCCAAUUGGACCACGAAGCACUACCUGCCUAUUUCCAAGGAGCUCAUCACUUCCUACGUCACUUCACGUGUGCCUACCUUCUGCGAGGAAGAGCUGGAUACCCCCUUUGUUCUCUCAGAUGAUGUCAUUGAGCACAUUUUGCGAAUUGAUCGUGUUCUUCGGCAGCCUCAGGGUCACAUGAUUCUGAUCGGAGAAGCUGGAAGUGGCCGAACCACCAUGACUCGAUUUGUCGCAUGGUUGGCUGGUGUCAAGUGUUUCCAGCUACGUGUGUCUCGAGACUACCAGGUGACUGACUUUGAUUCCGAUCUCCGAGCAUUGCUUCUUAACUGUGUUUCUCAGAAGAUGUGUUUCCUGCUGAAUGAGGCCGAUCUCACUCCUCUCUAUCUUGAGCGAAUGAACACUCUAUUGGCUAAUGCUGAGAUCCCAGGUCUUUUCCAGGACGAUGAUUGGUCGAUGCUCAUGAGCCAUGUCCGUCAGGAGAGUUCCAAGGCCGGCAUUCUGCUCGAUUCUGACCAGGAGGUCUACGAGUGGUUUACCCAAAAAGUCGUGGAGAAUCUGCACGUGAUUCUCGUGACCCAGAAGGGUAUCGAUCUGACCUCGUCUCCUGCCUUGCUCAACAGAUGUGUGCUGAACUGGAUGGGCAACUGGAGUGGCCAGGGAGUCACUCAGAUGGCCGAGAAGAUGUGCCAGCAGCUCGAUGUCUCCGCCGAGACUCUACAGGUGUUUGGCUCUCUUCACGUGACUCCUGACUUGUCGCUCGCCUCUAUCAAGCUCUUCAUCAAGGUGUAUCUCGAAAAGAAGGCCCAGCUGCAGCAGGAGCAGCGGCAUCUAAACUCCGGUGUCGACAAGCUCAAGGAAACUGUCCUGGCAGUGCGGGAGAUGGAGCUCACGCUGGAGAAGUCCAAGAUCGAGCUGAAUGCGAAGACAGAGGCUGCCCAGCGAACUCUGCAGCAGAUGAUCACCAAUCAGAACGAUGCUGAGAAGAAGAAGCAGGCCAGUUUGCAGAUCCAGGAGUCCCUGGAAAGCCAGAAGGAGGAGAUUGCUCGACGGCAGGAGGUCGUUGCCAAGGAUCUUGCUCUGGCCGAGCCUGCAGUCAUUUCUGCCAAGAAGUCUGUGUCCAACAUCAAGAAGCAGCAUCUCACUGAGCUGCGUUCCAUGUUGAACCCACCCGAGACCAUCAAGCUGUGUAUGGAGAGUGUCUGUGUCAUUCUUGGAUACAAAACCUCUUCUUGGCGAGAUGUUCAGGCCAUUAUUCGACGAGAUGACUUCAUUUCUUCCAUUGUGAACUUUGAUUCCUCUGAGAUGGACUCUCGACUGCGGCUCACCAUGGAACGUGAGUACCUGUCCCGUGAGAACUAUACUUAUGAGGCAGCGAACCGAGCUUCCAAGGCCUGUGGACCUUUGUUACAGUGGGUUGUGGCCCAGAUUCAGUACUGCGAGAUUCUAGAGCGUAUUUCGCCUCUCAAGGAGGAGGUCGAAAUGCUGCGUCACCAAUCUCAACAGACCCAGGCUCAGGCUACCGCUAUUUGUGAUAUGAUUGACGAACUUGAGGGCAAGAUUGAGGGCUACAGAACUGAGUACGCUGGUUUAAUCGGUGAGAGUGAGCGACUCAAAGACGAGCUAGCUACUGUUGGAGAAAGAAUCACUCGGUCUCGUGACCUGGUCACUUCCCUCAGUGACGAGAAACGGCGAUGGGCCAAGUCCAUUGUUGACUUUGACUCAAAGCUAGCUAACCUGGCUGGCAACUGUCUAAUUUGUGGCUUUGCCUUGGCCCGAUGGGGCGGACUGAGUCAGAAACAGCGAGGCGAACUCUUGCGAGCUGUCCUCACUCAGCUCGAUAGUCGACACGUCAAGUACAACCUUCCAACUCAGGACGAAAUCUUGGCAUUCCUCGAUACUCCCGACUUGUCUCAUCUUCCGUCUCGAGACCCUCUGUCUGUGGAGAAUGCUGUCAUCGUGGAGUCUGCUUCCACUUACCCUCUGAUCAUUGACCCGACCGACCGAAUCCGUCAGUUCCUGAUCAAGCAGUACAAGCCAGUCAUCACUUCGUUCCUUGACUCGGCAUUUGUGAAGCAUCUGGAGACAGCCCUUCGUUUUGGGCAGGUGAUUCUCAUCACCGAUGCCGAGUAUCUUGACCCUGUCAUUAACCCUGUUCUCAAUAAGGAGUACCACAAGACUGGAGGUCGAACUCUGAUACAGCUUGGCAAGAGUUUGAUUGAUUUCAAUUCCAACUUCAGACUGUUUUUGCUGUCUCGUGACUCGUCUCCUUCUAGCUUUUCUGCACACGUGACGUCUAGAACCACCCGAGUCAACUUCACUGUAACCGAUGCUUCUCUGGAGCGACAGUUGAGUAGCCACGUAUUGGCCAAGAAGCGCCCCGAUGUGGACGAAAAGCGAAAGUCACUUAUCAAGCUGCAAAACGAGUGCCAGGCCAACUUGCGUGCCUUGGAAGCUGAUCUUUUGGCUUCUUUGGCCGAGUCUGAAGAUAUCCUCGGCAACAACGCUGUGAUGGUGAAGCUGGAGAAGCUCAAACAGGAAGCUAGACAUCUCACUCAGCAAGGAGAAGAGGCGCAGGAGGCCCUUGGCCAUGUCGAUCUGAUCACCAAACAGUUCGACCCUCUGGCUCAGGCUGCUACACGUCUGUUUGCUGUCAUGCAGAAGCUGAGUAGCGUCAACGUGGUGUACAAGUUCUCACUCGAGUUCUUCUUGCAAGUUUUUUUGGAGGUCAUUUCUACCGACUGUGAUGAUGUGCAGAUUCUGACUAAGCAGCUAUUUAUUGCUGUCUACAAGCAGGUGUCCUCGGCUCUGUUUUACAAAGACAGAUACAUUUUCUGCCUGUUGAUUAUUGAGGCCUUCACUGGUGAGCGUGACCAUGUGACUGCUACUGAAGACCUCACUCAGAUCAUCAAUUCGCUCGGUUCUCAUCACUUUGGCGACCUUCAAAGUGAGAGUCUGGAUGAAACAGUCACUGAGGGCAACCAUCUCGUCAUGAUGGUUAGCCGGGGAGGAGCCGAUGCUACUUAUUUGGUCCGAGACAUUGCCCAGAAGAUUGGAAUGACUACUCAGACCGUGUCCAUGGGUUCCCUGGAGUCUCAGAACAUGGCUGAUAAGAUGAUCCAGGCUGCGUCUCAAUCUGGCGAAUGGGUUCUUGUGCAGAACGCUCAUUUGGAACGGCAGUGGCUCACCAAGCUUGAAAAGUGGUUGCGUCUCAACGUUGGCCGACACCACACCUCGUUCAGGCUGUUCGUUUCGUUUGACGAAGCGUCCUGUGAUGUAGUUCCCAGCACAUUGCUGUUAAUGAGUCGAUUGGUAGCUUGUGAAACGAGCUCCGGCGUCAAAGCUGGUCUGGAAAUGGCCUGGCGAGAUACCCAGGACGCUAAGCCUGUGGAGCUUACCCGUCUCAACUUCCUGGCCAGUUGGCUGCAUGUCUGCAUUGUUGACCUGGCUCGUUUUGUGCCUCUGGGCUUUGCCAAGGAUUAUGGCUUCCAUGAGGGAGACCUGGCUGCCAGUUUGCGAGCUAUUGAAGGAUGGGUUCGUCAUGUGAGUGGUCAGAGAGACAAUAUUGCUCCCCAUUCCAUUCCUUGGCAUGCUGUAGUCUCGGUGCUGUCUGACAUUUACAGCGCCAAGAUUGACAUCGCUGCUGACCUGGCUCGAUUACAAGAGAUGGUCCAACAGGUGAUGCAGGUGGAUUAUUUUGACAACGAGUCGCGUGCUCUCGGUCCAUGCAAGCUGACUACUGGCUCGCGUGUGGCUGAUUUCCAGACCUGGACAAAUGAACUGCCUGUUCAGGACGCUACCUGGCUUGGUCUGCACGAGUCUGCAGAUGAGGAGCUUAGAAUUGUGGAGGCAGGACGCGUUGUGGGAUUUGUGGAGGAGCUACGAGAUUAG